AUUGGAAAAGGAAAUUUUGCAGUUGUGAAACUAGCGACGCAUGUAGUAACGAAAACGAAGGUAGAGCGGAAGAAGACGAAGAGGUGGGGGUAGGAGUGGUGUCCUUGACCGACUAAUUUUCCCCUCGGCUGUAAUAUAUGUAUACUGUGUCGAAAACAUCUUUGUGGGUGUGUCAUUGUCAGAUAGUGAUGUAGAUCUUUAUAUCGUCAUUAGAAAGGUACAAGAUUACAUUUUCAACAUACGAUCGGAAAUAAAUUCGCCAUACACGAGAUAUCGAACACAUGACGUUCCAUUCCAGAGGUUGCCUACUCGAGGUUGCAAUAAAGAUUAUAGAUAAAACGAAACUAGAUGAAGAAAAUUUAAAAAAAAUAUUCAGAGAAAUUCAAAUAAUGAUGGAACUCCGUCACCCACACAUCAUAAGACUGUAUCAGGUUAUGGAAACUGAAAAGAUGAUUUAUCUAGUAACAGAGUAUGCAAGUGGAGGUGAAAUUUUUGAUCACCUAGUAGCAAAUGGACGAAUGAGUGAAGUGGAAGCUCGCCGAAUGUUCCACCAGAUUGUGGCAGCUGUGAACUAUUGUCAUAAGCGGAAUGUGGUACACAGAGAUCUCAAGGCUGAAAAUCUCCUGCUUGAUUUCAAGAUGGACAUCAAAUUGGCAGAUUUUGGGUUCAGCAACCACUAUAAACCCGGACAGGUGAUGUCAACAUGGUGUGGGAGCCCACCAUAUGCAGCUCCUGAGUUGUUUGAGGGCAGAGAAUAUGAUGGACCAAAGACAGACAUUUGGAGUAUGGGCGUGGUUUUAUAUGUAUUAGUUUGUGGAGCUCUUCCGUUCGAUGGCACAACACUGCAAUCUUUGCGCACAAGAGUGAUCUCAGGAAAGUUUCGUAUACCUUUCUUCAUGUCAGCAGACUGUGAACAUCUCAUAAGGCACAUGCUGGUAGUAGAUCCAGAGCGAAGACUGGGUAUUAAGCAAAUACUGCACCAUCGUUGGAUGCUGCAGGGUGAUAUGGAUACUGGAGUUCAGAAGAUAUUAUCUGACACUGAAAAUACCGAGGUGCCUCCACCCGUCAAUAAUUUAGUGUUGGAGCAUAUGCUGCAGUUACCAGGCCUGGAUAAAGAAAUGAUACUGAAGUCUGUACAUUCCAAUAGUUUUGGGAACAUUAGUGCCAUAUAUCACUUACUGGUAGACAAACUGGAACGCCAGGACUUGACAAGAAGCAGCAGCAACAUUCCAUUGGUGGCUACACAACGCAAAGCUAGCAUUACAACAGGUGUAGUGGACCGCAGCCCAGUGAGUGAUUUGGAGUCAGAACAAGGGGGCUCACCUCUUGUUUCUAUGCCAGCAAUACCUGUUCUACAUCUUAUCAAUGACUCUCAGCUUUUGGAAAAGUUUGGAGAUGUGGAUGUGCAGAUGGAGUCUGAGAGUGAAGAGUUGCAAAGGCGAUCGAGUAGUGGUGGGAUUGGGGACAAAUAUCUUACAGCCAGGAGACAUACUGUGGGCCCCGGAGAUACAGUCCAUGAACAGGUUCUGGAGGCCCACUACAUCAAACUGGAUGGAAUUGGUCAACCCUUGGACAUCCUGCCAAAUACAAAUCUGCCAUUGAACCUGCCACUUGUUCAGCACCAGCCUCCGCAGAACUUCUCAGUUAAGGAUCAGCAUCUUCUGAAACCACCACCUGUCAUGGGUGCAAUUGGAGGAUUUGGAAGACGAGCUUCAGAUGGUGGGGCAAACCUUCAGAUGUUCUUUAGUAGACAGCUAGAAGGUGUCUGGAGUCAACCUGGAAGUCAGGAGCAGUUACAAAUGCUCCAGCCUGGCAGCCCUACUUUGUCACAGAGGUCUCAGCCAAUCCCAGCAGUCAUCUCAGAGAAUGGUGUAGAAGCAGCAUCACAUCAGCCACCAACUGAAAAUACAGGACCUACUCUAGGAGAGGAUCUGCCUGAUCCAUAUGCAGUUGCAAGGUAUAUGCAUGGUCGUGGAAAUUCAAAACGACACACGCUAGCACUGGGCAGUGCAGAGGAAGUGCAAGAGGUCCAGCGUCUAAUGCAACAGCAGCAGCCACAGCAGCAGCAGCAGCAACAGCCAAUGAGAACAAGACGUACAGGCUUACACACUGUGAUGGAGAGACCUCCAGUGAUUAGCCCUGAACUUGUGAUGGAAGUGGAGGCUCGGAUGAACCGCCAGUAUACACCUCUGAACCUGCACCCAACAGGCACGACUGUGCCUCGCAGUAAAGCUUAUCCCAGGCCCAAGAAACCCACAGGUCUACCCACAGUUCAGGAGAACAAUAGCAGAGGGCGGGAAAGUUUCAAGGAAGUUAGUUUACAUCUGCCUUCGGAACGCUACAGUCCUGUGCGACGAGCCAGUGAGGGAUGUGCUACAGGUCUGGGGUCACAAUACCGGUCCAGUCCCCAACAUCAUCUUCACAGCCAUCCUCAUACACAAUAUACAGGUGGAGACAAAGAGGCCAAUGUGAAGGCUCUUCAGCAGGAAUGCCAACAGUUGCAGCAGAGACACAGUGGUACCCAGACUCAGGCAGAACUUCAGAUGAAGCACUCUCUUCAUAUCCAACAUAUGUUGGGAACAUCGCCGCUUACUACUCCACACAUUUCACCUUCUCCUUCCCCACCCAUAAACCAGAGUCCUUCAUCAAUACCAGGGUCACCAAUACAUCACCACCACCACCAUCAUAAUCUACCACUUAGUUGUAAUGAAGCCAGUAACAUCUCUCUUACUCAUCAUCUACAGCGGUUACAUCUGCAGCAGCAGCAACAGUCUACGCCUCAACAAAACCCAUCUCCAGAAUCAUCAUCUCUGUAUCCGCACUUUCUCCAACAUGGCUGUUCUUCACCCUCUUCUACUCCUGCAGUCACUGCGGGUUCUACUAGUGUAACGUCCAUUACUCAGGGUAUUAGUGGUUUGUCCACAAACACUGGCUCCAUCACACAAGGGACACCAAGUUCAAGUAAUAAUGGUGCUCUGAAUCUAGCUGCCACCAUGCCUCUUGAUCUGCGAGUGCAAGCUGCAGGGUCUUCUUCACCACACCACCCAAUUCACCUGCAUCACCGUUCACCUGCCACAACGCCACUCCAACAUUCCCCUUCAAAUUCACCAUCACUUGGUAUGAUCCAGGAAGAGAAUAACUCAGCUUUCCAUCUGCACCAUGUUAUUGGACUGGAUGAUGUCUUAUAUAAUGAUGAAUCAAUCAUGAAAGCAAGAAUUCAUCUUGGAAACAGUGCUGUGCAUAGGUGGCAGUCGAGGCAGGUGCAGCAGCCAUACAGCCCCCAUCAUCCUCAGAUAUCUGUAACAGAUGAGCUGGGAGGAGAAAUUACAUUGGUGGCAUGUUCAUCAUCCUCUUCAAGCAAUUCCAGCAGUGACUUGGCACAGUCAGAUGGGAAUGAUAAUCAUGGUAUGGACAGAAUGGUUGUGGAAUGUGUGGAUUCUGUAUCAUCAUCAGUGAUUUCUGACCACUCCACCACUCAAGCAGAUAUUUGUGCGCCAUUACAAACAUGUUUAUACUCUUUGGCCAAUGAAAGAACUGAUUUGACAUCGAAAUCUGAAAUACCUUAUUUUCCCCAAUCUACAAACACAGUUUCUUCUCAUUUCUGUAAUUCACCACCAAACACCAUUUUGCCUUCUUUUCUGAUUUCUGGGCCUUGUGAUUCUUCUAGACCUUCUAUAGUGCGAGGUAUAGGGAAACAGCAGCAUGUUAAUAAAGAAGAUGAACUGUUCCAGCAAGGUGGAACUGAGUGUCUGUUGAGACAGAAUGCUGAACAUCAGAACUCUUUUAUUGGAAGUGCUGACUCCAGAGCAUCAUCUCCAUGUUCAAUAGAAGAACGCCGUGAUGCUUAUGCUCAACAUAAAAAUAUGGCUCUAAGGCACACCUUCCCACCUCCCUAUUUUAUCACAGGACAUGCCCGUAAUAUAGACCACUACUCAAGUGAAGAUUCCUCAUCUAAUGACAUGGAAAACUUCCAGCAAAAUCACCUAGAAGAUAAUAGUAUAGUGUAUGAGAAUGGCAGAGAUGUUCUGUUUGAUAAUGUGUCUGUGUCAUCAGAUAAUUGUGUGUCAUUGACAGGGUGUGUUUUAGCAACUGAUCCAUUACAAAAGACUUCUAGUGGUUCCUUCAAACUAACCCUUUCAGAUAUGUGUUCACAGCUGAAUGCGUCAGAUAUUUUAGGACAUGUUAAAAGGCUUAUAGAUGCCCGAGCUCCCCCGAAAUGCUUUGCAUUUUCUUGUGGUGAGAGCAGUGACUCAGGGAAUAGUGAUGAGGGUGCUUUGGCACUGGAGUAUCCUGGGGGAGUUCAGAUUGAGUUGAGAGUGUGUGAGAAUGCAGGAUGUGAGCUAAAAGGCCUGAAGUUGAGAAGGAUAUCAGGAGACCAUUUUCAGUACAAUCAGUUAUGCCAGGAACUUAUAUCAUGUAUGACUGCAUAAUUGUUACAAGUAUGCAGCAUUUCUAGCAUUCAGGAAGCAGGAAUUAGGCACUUCUGAUGGUAGUAUUCUUUCUGUGAGUGGGUUUUGCAGGACAAAGUUAAAUUCUAAUAACAUAAAUGGGUUAUUUUGGAAAUGAGCAUAUUUCUGUAGUAUUAUCUUUAUUUCUGCAAUUGGAGUUGAUAGUGGGAGGGGCAGAGGUUAUCAUCGAUCGAAUCUAGAAUUAGUAUCAUGCUUGCAGAGUCAGCUUUUAUUAACAGCCAAGCACAAUUAAGUUCAAUAGCUUUCAUUUCUGUCUUUAAUUCAUAAUAGCUGACUUCUGAUAAAUUUAUAAAAAGGUAGUAAUUAUUACAGGGCUAAAGAACUGACAAAGUUUCAAAACCAUAAUGCCAUUUUGUUUCCUGUUGUAAUGCAUUCUAAGCAUGCCUUGUGUCAUGAGUGGUACUUAAAGUGGGAUAUACUCUCAACAUGUGGGAGAAAUGACUCCUUCUGCUUCAUUUUUCCAUUUGAAUUACAAAAUUGAAUCACUUCAAUGCAUUCCAUAUACCUUGCUUUUCCUUUUUAUGUGUGUGUUUCAAUGUUAGAGAGAUUGCAUAUGGAAUAAUUUUUGAGAGUUAAGCAUGAAUUUCAGUGUUUUUAAACCUGCAGUCAUUCGUGGGAGCAAUGAGACAUUAAGAAAGAUGGAUUCUCAGCUUCACUUUGAAGUGUGUUAUGAUGUGUAUAAAGCAAUUUUAUUACUAGAACUGACUCUUUAUUUUGGAGAGUCAUGUCCACUGAUUUGGCAAAUGUUAACCCUCAUGCCCUGAAAAUGACUUUGAGAUGCCAGAUCAUCUUGGCAAAUUUCAUGUCAUUUUCUAGCAAUUACACUGAAAAGCAUUUAAUUAAUUAUUUAUCAUCAGUAGAUUAUUUCUUUCUGAAGUGAAAAAAAGAAAUAUUUCUUCAGUUUGGCAACAAAUUAUAUUUACAGUGAACAGUUAUAUAUAUGUAUAUAUAUAUAUGCAGUAGCAAGAUGAGUGAAUAUGAUGUUCAUCUAUUUGAAUAAGAUUGAUGAAAGAGUCUAAUCUAUAUUUUUUCAAAUAUAUUUUUGUAUAGACAAUUCUGCAAUGUAUUGUGUAAUUCUAGACAUUCCUACAAGUUAAGUGUAACUAUACAAUGUCAGUGAGGAGGAGAGCUGAACAUAAGUGAUAAUAAUAUUUCCUUCAGCACAAAUUAAUUGUUAAUGUUGUACUAUGAGUUCUGUUGACUUUCCCCAUGGAUUCCAAGUAUGUGAUAGGGGCAGGCUCAGAAAGUAUGAGUGUCAGUUAGUUUAUAGAGUGCGCAAGUUGUGAAAAACAUUAGUAUAUUUAUCCAUUUUUUACAUAGAUCAGACAGAAUUGGUUCUUCCAUGAAGACUGAAACUUGCAAGACAUUCAGGAAUAUAAACAGGAGACCUGACUUCCCAUUGCAAAGGAAGAAUCAGAUCAACCUCUGACUGAGGUCCAUAUCCUUUGGGGUUCACAGGUAACCCUUUUGUUUUGAUUGUCAGUACUGAUUGUUAUGUUUGAGUUAUAUCUGCCAUCUUGACAGAUUAUGGCUCUCACUGUAACCAUUUAGAUAUGGGAACAUAUUUUAGAAUGUCAUGUCUUCUUUUCAACCACUGGUUCAUUGACAGUUGAUGCUGUAAGUCACUGGUCUUGCUUAAACAAAAUCUUGCAUGGUGUAGUAGAAAACUGUGCAUGGAUGAUUAUUGGAGGUCUGUUUGGCUCUGACAUACAGAAUCAUGGCACACAUUGAGACUUGCAUCAUAAUGAAUCAUAAUGAGCUGGAUGCACUGCUGGAUUCAGGUAGUCUGUUGCUUUAUGCACAGGCUUACUGGGUGUUUGAAUAUGAAUAGGAUUUGGAAGGACUGGGGAUUGAAAUUGAAGAUAAACUUUAGAUACAACUGUUUUAUUAUAAGAGACCGUGGAACCUGGAGCAACUUUGUCUUGGUUAAUCCAACUAUGGUUGUAUGCCUUUCUGAUAAUGUUCCAUAUUUGCAGGUAAAAUCACUUAUACACAGCCUGGUUCACUUCAGCACCUGACUUUUCGUGAAUCAGUAUUCCUUCAGUGUUCUCACAAUCCAAAAGAUUGAAAAUUAUUGAGAGAUUGUGAUGUUAAAGAACUGCCAUUUCCUGCAACAUAAUGUUCUCUGCAGAAUGAUAAUUCAUCAUGUGAACUGUCCUGAAUGUGCAUAGCCAUUUCUGUGUGCUCUGGCAGACACCAGAGGUCUACAUGUGAUCAGCAGAAACUGGUUCAACUAUUAUCUUGCUUUACUGUGAAUAUUUCCACUAUAUCGCAUGUUGUUUCAUAGACUGGUUCAUAGCAUUGACACGAAGUUUCAUCACCAACCAUAACAAUUUCCCAUUUACUGUAAAUAGCACUAAAUUCCAUGCAGGGUAAAUGUGACGCCCACAUACAGCACAUCUUUUACUAUUCCAGUAGUGAUUUUAGCCAGCUGCUGUGGCCAUAAUCUUUAUUGACUUUGCACAACAUUAUCUUGAUAGUGCAUGUGUGGAGUCCAGCUGGCUGAGCAUUGAAUUUUUUCACUAUUAACACUCUUACCCCUAACAUAAAAUAUGGCUGCUAGCCUCUUGGAAACAGGAGAUUAAAAUCCCUUAUUCUGGGACAGUAAAGGAUAAUGGACACACAUGUUGUUGCUGAUGAUAGGUGACCGUGGUGUACUGACUGCACCUGUCUUUUUCAUACACACAGUCUUUUCUAUAUAGUGUGUGUAACUGUCAGUGAGUCACCAUAUAAACUCAAAAACUGAAUUACUCUGCACUGUUUGGACUGAUAUGAAUACUCAUACAACUUGUGGUUGUCUGAAUUUUAUGACACCAUGCAGUAGUCUUAGACAUGGAUACAAAUUUUUUGGAGGACUGUACUACCCACAUCUUCAGGGUGAAUGGAGACUGUAUGUUCCUCUGAAAUGUUGGUACCCACUUACCAGAUGACCACACAGUGUCAUAGCCUUACAUCUUGUAAAUAUGGUACAGACUCUGAACUCCUGCAGGUCAGAUUCCUCUUCUGCUACACUGCUAACAGAUUCUGUUGUGCUGCUGAGGAAUUUCUGUUGAGCAUUGAUCUCAUGUAAUCCCCCUCAGGCUGGCUUCUAUUGUACAUAGAUGUAUGAUAGUAUCAUGUACUGGAUAGAAUAGUCCUCUCAUGUCCUCCAUUUAAUUUUUCCUUAUACUUGUUCUUCAGGCUUUGAUCAUUUGUUUUUCUUUCCUGUCCUUAUGCUCCCUGAAUUGUGAAAUGUCUUUUCAGCAAUAUGUCAGGGCUACCAUCUGUUCUUAGUCUCACAUAGUGUUUACUGCAUUUUUCAUGUGGGAAAUAGUUAUAAAGAAAUGAAGUGAUAUGAAGAUUACUAUUUGUAACAUUAUAAGGAAAUGAUGCAGCUUAUAUAUCUUACAAUGGAAAUAAAUAUACAUAUUGAAACAUGUAAUAUUAAAGAGGCACUUUGUAUACUGAUCUGUUAAAGAAGGUAGAUAUAAAUGGGUAUUGAGAGUUGAAUGAAAUGCUGCAGUUUUAUUUUUAUAGUUAAUAGGUCAGUAUUGAUGUUGGUGUUGGAUUGUAAUUAAGAAUUCUGAACAGCUAUCUCCAUUGCUUCAUAUUAUUAUGCCAUAAACAUGCUAACCUUUACUGUUGGUACUGACAUUUUCUGUUAAGAUGUUAUGAACCGAAAGAAAUGCAGAACAGAUCCCACUCGGGAAAAAAUCACAUUCCAGACAUCAGCCACCAUUGUCUUUUAUUGCAAACUACAGUUGCAGAAGAAUUUAGUUUUAUUCUAUUUUUACAUAAUCUAUCUUGCAGCAUAAGGUCUAAAUGUUAAUCUUUUAAUUAGCUGUCAUGAGUAGGUGAUGAAGACAAUUUGUCA